AUGGAAACUCAUCAAGGCAAAGAAGGAGCUCAAGACAGAGCAUAUUACAGAGCUAAGAGAGUUGGAACGAUCUCGGCUUUGAAAAGGUCGAGGCACAACUCAACCGAAGGCAGAACCGAGUUUCUCGCUGAGCUAUCGAUCAUUGCUUGCUUGCGGCACACAAAUCUUGUUCAGCUUCAGGGUUGGUGUAACGAGAAGGGAGAGUUGCUUCUCGUCUACGAGUUUAUGCCUAAUGGAAGUCUUGACAAGAUAUCAAGAAUCAAAGCAGAAGCCGUUUCUCUAGACUGGUCACACAGGCUCAACGUUGCGAUUGGUUUGGCUUCGGCUUUGUUGUAUCUCCACCACAAAUGUGAGCAGCAAGUGGUUCACCGGGAUAUAAAGACGACCAACAUAAUGCUCGACAUUAACUUCAACGCAUGGCUGGGAGAUUUCGGUCUAGCUAGGCUCACGGAGCACAUCAACAGCCCUGUCUCGACCUUAACCGCUGGUACGAUGGAUUAUCUCGCACAUGAGUAUCUCCAAUACGGCACUACGACUAAGAAAAUAUAUGCUUUUAGCUACGGAGUGGUGAUUCUACGGAGUGAUGCUUUUAGCACGAUUAGGAAGGAAUAG